AUGGUGAGUUGGUGCUGUGGUCUUUGUACAAAUUCAGGAAGUGACGAAGAUGAGGAAGCUGAACGUCAGAGAUUAAUUCCAAGCCCCCAGCUUUCAUACGAUGGGCCACAGCAACCAUAUGGAAGUUUUUCACCUCCAGAUCCUGUUACAAAUGAACCUCAGUCAGAUAUCAAUACCAUGAUGACGAAUAUAAUAAAAGUUGCUGAAAAUCAAGUGGUGGAUGCUGGAGCAACAGAUUACAAUCCCCUAGAUUCACAAGAACAUAUUGAACGGUCAAGAUACUACGCAGAAAGCAUAGCUCGACAGCCUUUAGGCCCGCCACCGUUGCCAGUGUUUUUGCCAAGAACAUUUGGAAAUCCUGCGUCAAUCAUAGAUGCACCGCUGGUGGAAAUCGCUGAAAUUAAUGAAAUAAGACAGCUUGCAAAGGAAAAUGCUGUAUUUGUUCACGAAAUGACGACACAAGAAAAGGAUGAUCUCAUUGCCCACUUCAAUCAAGCAUAG